UUGUCGCUCGAUUGGUCAUGCUGCUGACUAACACAGGAAAGGAGGACAGCGUUUGACAACAACAUGGACCUUUGAAAAUAACUGAGACUUCAACACAGUCUUGGACAACAGCAAACUGCAAACAUGACAAAUGUGUACUCGUUGGAUGGGAUUGUGGUAUUUGGGAUUCUGUUCAUCUGUACAUGUGCAUACCUCAAGAAGGUGCCUCGCCUCAACAGCUGGCUACUCUCAGAAAAGAAAGGUGUGUGGGGAGUGUUCUAUAAAGCUGCAGUGAUUGGGACUAGACUCCACCAUGCUGUGGCGAUAACCUGUCUGACGAUGGCAUUGUACCUGGUGUCCUUAAAGUGACAGUGUCAGGCUGGGAUGGACCGGACUAGGAUGGACUGGAGUGGACCGGACAUGGCCAGGCUUGGCUGGGCUGGAUUUGGCUGUGCUGGUUUGCCACCCAUGGACACUGUUUGGACAAUGUGUGCCCAAGACUCCCAAUUUAUUCACCCAGGACCUGUAAAAGACAAGGAUAAGCCAAUAGUGCCCCACAUUAGGUAAAUAAGAUCCCUGUAGCUCACUGCACUCUUCUAAACCUGACAUCAUCCAUCCCUGCAUGACACAACUGUCAUCCAGUUUACCCUGAGUUUCCUGUACAGAUCUUAUAGAACAGUGUUUCUCUUCUUGAGGUGCACAUUUUUGUUCUAGCUCAACACUAACACAUCUGAUUCUACUGUUCAAUUGCAACCAGUCACCAAGCCAUUGAUUAGUUGAGUUAGUGCUGGGRUGAAACAAAAAUGUGGUCCACCUGGAAUGGAUUAGGGAUCACACUGAUAGAGAUGUCAGCAUGCUAAGUAGUGUCAGCAUGCUGAUGUACUCAGCACCCUCAUGUGUUGAGUAGUGUCUUUAUUUAAUACUGUUGCUAGCAGAAAUAUAGGUUUUUUAUUAUUUUUAUUAUCACCUAAUUACCAUUCUCAAUGGUUUAUUCUGGGGAAAGGACUGGUAUGAAGGAAUAGUCUAAAAUAAUGUGGGAAAUAUUCAUUCCUGUUUAAAGUCAGACUUCGGUUGUAUAUAUUUAGGGGGGGGGGAGUCAUUAUAACAGAUUUGAAAAAGCUGUUUUCUGUAGAGCACCAUAGAGAAGAGCAUCACAUGUAUUGUUGUUGAGUCUAAAUAUCUCUUUGUUUAUUCAAAGGUGUUUUUUAACGUUAAAAUGGUUGUACGUUGUCAUGAUUAUCGUCACUAUCAUUUUUCAACACCCAGGUAUAACCCUGGGCCAUAGUUAAAAGCUAUAAGGUCACAUGUUCAGGUAAGCUCUCGGUUCCUUGCCAAAUUUUCACAAACCYAACUAAUAUAGGAGAAAUGUCUUGGUGUCCUGCUUAACUUCUUAUUUUCUUUCAACCUCUCUGUUCUUCUUUUUUUUGCUCUGUAAUUUAUGUACGAUUUGCCUGUUUGGAAAAACCACUACAUAUUUCUGCACCAGUGCUUUGUGACUGGCCCGCUGUAUAUUGUGUGACAAUAGCGCUUGUCAUCUCUGGGGGAAAAUAKAUUUUAAAAAAUUACUUAAAACAACUUAACAGUGCAUUAUGUUACAUUUUAGUGAAAGAAGCAAUGAGAACCUCUGUCAAUAAAAAUGUGCAGUGUGUUACUCAUGACACAGCUCAAUAACAUGUA